AGAAAAAUUCCGGUGUUCGAUAGUUAACUAAUCGUGUAUAGAAAUCGUAAAUAAGGAAGAAAAACAAUGCUUUAAAAUGAUUGAAGAAGAUCAUGUCUAUUUUUUACCUAAAUAAUAUUAUUAAUAGCUAUUAAUAUUAGCUAUAAAGAAUAGUAUUAUUUAUUUAUAUAUAACAAAUUUAUUUUUGGAACACUAUUACAUCUAGUAAAAACUGUUUGAUCUUAAUUCAAAUAAGAAAUGCCUGCACCACCUCCACCACCUCCCAAUUUAACACAAACACGAUCUUGUGAUAAAGUGGAUAUUAAUGGUAGUGAUAAUUUUCCUCCAUGGGCAAAAAUUACAUUAACAUCUACUGAAGCAGAAAUAGAAAAAUUAAUAGCUUCAUAUGAACUUAAAGAUGCAGAGGUAACAUAUUUUUGUCACGUAGAACCAAUUCUUCAAGAUGGACCUCAGUGUGGAUUAGUAGCACUUGCUAUGGCAUCCCAAGAGUAUACAAAUCCAGUAUCGGUGAGUCAGCUUUUAGCAGAAGCAAGAGUACGUGGAUUUACUCAACAUGGAGAAGUUUAUAGUGUAGACUUCAUGGCAACACUUGCAGCUGAAUAUUUACCAGGACAUAGGCCUGUUAUGCUUGUAGAUUUACAAAGUUGUCCAGAUUCUCUUACGCAUGCACUUGCACACAAUGGAAUGAUUUUGAUCCCUUAUGAUGCUGAUUUCAAUGAUGCUCCAUGUCUAAAAAGAGGUCACAAAGCUCAUUGGGCACUCCUUGUAGGUCUUAUUUCUUCAAGACACGGCUAUCACGUGCUGGCGCGUCAUGGCAAGUCACGACACUUAGCCUGUUGGCCCCUGCGCGACCUCCUUGAGAGCAACGGCAAUUUGGAGGAGGAAGGCACAGCCCGGCAUGCCGGUGGUUACGUAAUACCGAAGGGCGGUGUGGGAGGGCAGCGAGGCCUCAGAGGACGCGCCCUCGCCCUCCAUCCAUAUGAUUGAGAGGCCCAGAUGCAAUAAAUUAAUUUCGAAGCGGUGGGCCUAGGCAAACCUUUCACUAAAAACGAUAUUUAAUUUACCGCUAUGCGAAGACUUGUUUUUUCUCUACUUAUGAUUGAAAACAUAUUCUCGCCCGCUUUGUUUAUUUAUUUUGCGACUAUGUCUACUAGAGGUGUCAUUACACCUCUACUAUGAUCUUAACCUUAAUACUCUAGCCACACGUAGGAUAUUAUUAGAGGACAUUAGUAAAGUAUGUGCGAACGCGAGACCAUUUAUUUUCAUUUGAAAAAUUAACAUUAUUUACCUUAAAAAAAUAUUAAAUUUUUGUUAAUACCUAGAGUCAAAAUGUUAGAUUUGGUACAUAGAUCAUGCGAUGCAUAUCUUCGCUUAUUUUAAAUAUAAUUGCUUUUAUUUAAAAGUCACAGAAUUCAUUAUAUUGUUUAACUGAGUAUUAGCAAUUUUUUAAAUUAAAAAUAAUUAUAACGUAUGUAUCUUAUGGAUUUGAAUUAUGCAUGUUUUUUGAUA